UAUCCCUCUUCCAGGCCCUGCUCGUCUCUCUCUACUAUUUCCAUUCGCUGUCUCGGUGCUUAGACGGCCUCUCUUAUCCAAUCCUCCCCCCCCUCCCCGAAACUUCGACUAGACACCAUGGCCUCGCCUCACCCCCUUUCUGCCGCCACCAUGUUCUCAUUGAAGGAUUGGGUCGCAGUCGUGACGGGCGGAGGAACUGGCAUCGGACUGAUGAUCGCCCAGACGCUGGCUGCCAAUGGGGCCAAGGUCUACAUCACCGGACGACGCGCCGACGUCUUGGAGAGGAGUGCCCGUAUCCACGGCACCCCCGAGAAGCUCGGUCCUCUGGGGGGUAGCAUCGUGCCUAUCGCCAUGGACGUGACGUCCAAGGACAGCAUCAAGAGCGUCGUUGCCGAGAUCGGGCAGAAAGAGCAAUAUGUCAAUCUGCUCGUCAAUAACGCCGGCAUCUACGGCUCGCGUCCGAACGCGCGCCCGGAGAACGGACCGGAAGCGUUUGGGGAAGCGAUGUUUGCCGAAGGCGACAGCAAUAUCUGGCAGAAAGUCUUCGAUACCAACUGCACGUCGUGCUACCUCACGACGGCAGCGUUUCUGCCCCUCCUCGCGAAGGCCGCGUCCGGUCCGACCGGGAAGGUGGGCAGUGUGAUCAUCAACAGCUCCGUCUCCGCGUCGCUGCGAAUAAUUGCCAAUUCUCUUACAAUAAAAUACGCACAGGUCAGCAAAGCCGCCGUAUCACACCUCACACGUCAGUUGGCAUACGAGUUUAGCCACGAGAAGAUCAGUAUUCGCGUAAACGGACUGGGUCUCGGGUAUUUUCCCUCCGAGAUGACGACGGGAACUUCCAAUGAGCAAAACGAGAGCAUAGAUCUAGCCCCGCGGUUCGCCGAACUCAUGAGCGGCAUGGACUUGCAGUCCGUCAAGCGCAUGGGCACGCCCGAGGAGGUCGCGACGAUCGUGCUUACACUCGCCGUCAACGAUUACAUGUGGGGCACCAUCACGAUCGUGGACGGCGGCCUCUCGCUGAGGGCUGCCGGGGACCUGUGAAGCUGCAUCGUAGCAUACUGGCCUGCCCAUUGUUGAAGAGGCCGACAUAUAAUAGAGGAAACUCCCGGGACAUGAAGGUUAAUAGAAUCGAGGUGUGACAAUACCCUCGCUCGAUCUGCCUUUUCUUUCUGGUUUCCGGUUCGUUUUCUUCCCCUCGAACCGUCGAGUCAGUUUCACCAAAGACUGAGUGUGUGCCGUGGAAUUGACCGCGCCGCAUCACCACUCCCUUGCGAGAUUUACAGUAUAAGAUUCGCAUUUCAUGGCAGUGGA